CUUCAAUGGCCAUUAUAAGACGACAGCACCGAGUCUACGUUUCGAUGGACCGUUGAGGCCUCACUCCUGAAUAGCACUGUCGUCACCUACUCAGCCAGUGCUGGACAACUCGCGUACCAUACGCAGAGUUCGCUCUGCGGACGUCGAGUUCAUGUCAGCGACCGUCGCGACGGUUUGAAAGAACUCUGGGAUCACGAACAGCCUCUUCACCCCAUUUCUUGAGCCUCGCCAUUCUCCUGCAGGAAAGAUAAGCAAAAUGCGAGCUCCCUCGACAGACCUCCUCCGUGCGCUGCGUCGCGCGACAGCAGCAGUACCGGGACAUCCUCUACACGCGAACCUGUCUCAAGCGCAACGUCCCCUAGCCAUCCCCUUCGCACGGCGUCAAACAUGCCACGCUCAAUCCCCUCCGGCGACGAGACACGUGCGGGCACUCUCUGCGAAGACCACUGCCCAGAAUCGACGAAUGUCGUCCUCUUCCUCAUCCUCCUCCAAACCGGCGACUACCUCUCCAACGUCCACCAGCCGCGCCAGACAGAUCAAUCCCCGCGCGCCGAAACACCACGACCGUGGACCUGCUUCGAAGGAAGAGACACAGACCGAUUUCUCCAAGAUGGACAUUUUGGCCAGCGCGGGCGUCGAGGAACCCGCCACGUCCAUCGACGCCUGCACGAGCGAUGGCUUCCAUUUGAACAACGGCGUGCACACAUCCGGUGGGAGGGGGGUGAUGCUGCUCGGCGGCGAAGCGUUCGUGUGGCAGCCGUGGGUGUCUACGGGCUCUACUGCUGUGGCCUCCUCCGGUGGAAAUGCGACAAGCAAGACGAGUGCGGGCGGAGGUGGAGGACCCAAGGAUUUUACAGCCUUCCUCGACCCACGCGGGCUGUUGAACUUCCCGGCCUCGACCCUCGGCCUUCUCUCUCUCCUCUACCCAAAACCGGACCUCCUCCUCCUCGGCACGGGGCGCAAGUUGUGGAUGCUCUCGCGAGAAACGAGAAAGUAUCUGUCCGAGGAGCUGGGCAUCAAGGUCGACGUCAUGGACACGCCCAACGCGGCGGCCGCGUAUAACUUGCUAGUGAUGGAGCGCGGUGUCGCGGAGGUCGGAUCGAUUUUGAUCCCCGAGGGGUGGGUUGGGCGGUAGAGGACACCGACCCCGAAGAUGAACGGGUCAGCAAGCACAUGGGAGGGGACGAGUAAGGAACACGGGGGAAGUAAGAAUGGGAUCUGUGAGAAGCAGUGGCUCAUUGUUGAAUAGAGGAAUCUCAGGGAAGGAAGGAUUUGAGCGAGCGAGCAAAUGCGUCCAAGGGAGAAGAGUUGAGCUUGAGGCUACCACGAGAGGAGUACCUAAGCUAAGAGCGCAAUGCUAAUAUUCGCCCCAAUCUUUAGAAACCCUUGCCGGGAUGGAUAUGAUUUAACUGGAAUCUCCUGUUCUUUUUCCCUCUCCCUUUCCCAUGAA